AUGCGUUCCCGUUCUCGUCCUUCGUCCUUCCUCCUGACAAAGGUGAAAGCGGAGUUGUUGCGUAACAUCACCGCGUUUACAAAACACGCAUCAAUUCAAACUAUUGAACAACACCUCGUGCCGAUCCUCUGCGACUGUUUGGAGUCGAGCAUAGCGGACGUACAGAUUGUGGCAAUGCAAAGCGUGGGUGAAAUGUCUGGCUAUUUUCACCAAAACGAAUUGGACGAUAUUGUCCUGCCUGGAGUGAUGCAAGCCUAUACAAAAUCACCGGUCAAUGCUCCAAUUCGAAUCCACGUGCUUCGAACACUGACCACAUUGGUCAGGCAGAUCAGUGUGACUGCACUACAGGAUCACUUGAUUCCAUUCCUGCUGGAAAUUACCAAGCUAAUCUGUGUCUCAAACUCCAAUGAUGCCCGACUGCGCGGACGCCAUCGCUCCCGUAUAUCCAGUGAUUUGUCCAUGGACAAUGACAAACCGACUAGUGACGGUACGGAUAGUCCGAUCGGUAUUAUUUGUGAGAUUUGGAAGAGCAUUACGUCAACUCGAGGAAAUAUUCUGGAACCGAACUUGAUCGCGAAGGAAAUAUUUCCAAGUAUUUUACCUCAUGUUCUGAACAAGGAUCUCAACAUACAAGAGUUCCGUUCGGUGAUGAGCUCGCUGUAUGGAUUAUUGGACUGUUUGGAUGUGUCUGUUGCCGGUUCCGAGGAGAGUAUGGACACGACAAACUAUCGGAUUGUCCCAGCGGUGACAGUUGAUGCUCCCACCGGCCGAGAAGCGGAAAGCCUAUCCGGGGAUAGUCCACCCCGUUUCAACAGCAAGGCUCAACAGUUUUCUGCAGUCAAUAAAGAGGAGCAUAUUGAUUUUCGGGCAUCCUUCCAUAGCGGCGAGGUAAAUAUAAUCAAAAAGCAGGACUGCAUGUUCUCUGCAUCCUAA